AAGAACACAGUUCUGGACAGAGAAGCAGAAGUGGCAACAUCAGCCGGUUUGGUCCGGUUCUAAUCACUUCUUACGGUACGUAACUCUUCACGCUAUCAGGAAAACGUCCUUGGCCGAAUCCUGGAAGAUUCUGCAACAACUUGAACACGUUGUAAAAAAGUGACAAAAGCGAGAACAGACAGUGACUUACUCCAAAAUGUCCACUUCACAGACAAACAAAGUGAAGGUAUAUAAAGUCUGUGUUUCCAUCUCUGAGACAUCCUGUGACCAGAAACUGCUGCUGGAACAGACUCUUCAACUAACCAUCAGAACAAGAUGGCUGCCGGUCUUCUCUUCUCUCUGCUUCUUGGUCUGAGCUUUGGACUCUGGGAUGGAGCUGAUGCCGGAUGUAACAUGAGAGUUGACAUAUGUGAAGGCUGCGAAAAGGAUUGGAGCUGGCAUGAUGGUCGAUGUUUUCUGUAUGUGAAUAAUGCAAAAUCCUGGGCUGCAGCAGAGAGAUUCUGCCUCACAAUGGGUGCAAAUUUGGCCUCAUUCCACAGUGUAGCAGAGUACAACUUCAUCAGAGACUUUACCUACAAAGCAACUGGAAAACACACACAAACUUGGGUUGGCGCUUAUGAUUCAGCAAAGGCAGGUGGCUGUGGAGUGAUGGCUCCAAGUUUGUGUUUAAUUCCUGGGGUUUUCAUGAGCCAAACAAUGCUGGAAAAAGUGAACACUGCAUGGACAUCAACAUACAUGAACGAGAUUAUGUGAAUGAUUCUGACUGUUCUGAGAAGCUUCCCUUCAUCUGUGCCAGACUCAUGUAACCUGAUGCCUAAUAAUCUGAACCAUAUGGUUUUCCUGCUGGUGAUGUCACUUCCACCUGGAUGUCAAGCCUCGAUGACAUCACUGCUGGAAGAACCUGAUUUCACUUGAUUUCUCACUUAAAUAAAUGUUUCCUUUCUCUGAAAUCUGAUUGAUUUAAUUAUAGGAUUUAAAAUAUAUCAAAAUUCCAUUUCAGCAGCAACUAAUUGGUAAUAUUUGUAAAUCUCAGCUAUAAAUUUGUACUGAAAAUUAUCAGAAUAUCAAUGCAUUUGUAAAGUAAUAAAAAUCUAUAAAAUA